AUGCCAUCCGCAUCAAUCCCAAGAUCGGGGUUUCCGGAUUUAAGGCCAGUUCCUACUCCACUUUGGGACUUACGUACCAUGUUCAUUGGUUACCCAAGCCAUAUUCACCAUUAAUUUCCCUGAAUUAUCAAAGUUGUCUUGUGAAGGGCCUACAAUAGUGAGCAUACGUCUAUUUGGUGUAUACGCAGUCACGUGCCUUAAUGCCAAUUAAAAAUAAACUUAAUAUCUAUAAAGCUUUAGAAGUACAACGGAGAUGAAUCGGUGUGUCUCGGAAAGAGGCCCGCUUAAAAUUACGAAUCGUCCAGUAUGUAUAAGUAUCCCCGAAGAGUAUGGCCUUCUUUAUUUUUAUUCGUCUAACAUGAAAAUAGGGAUUGACUUCGUCGAAUGCCUCCCAAACGCGGCACUGCCAACCGUAGUGGGAGACAAUUGGUGGGAGGUCAAUAAAAAAUCUUAGCUACGCAGCUGGCUUUGGUUGUUAUCUAACGCUAACUAUUAAUUUUAAAUCCACAUUCAGUUGGGAAGAUGCGUUGCUCUCCUGGGGGGCUUGGGGGGGGGCGAGGGCAUUUUAUUGGAUAAGUCAAAGCACCGCGAAUAAAUGCAUACAGCUGCUCCCUCUCGAGAUUUGGAGCUUCUUCUGGUUAAGACAUUUUGAUAAUGGGAAGGAGGGUAACGACGGAGGAGGAGGAGAAGGUGAAGGCUUUCAGGUCAACCCACUCAAGUAAGAUACGCCGGUGGUCGGCAACCAUUUAUCGCCGACGAUGAAGUUGGCGACGGUGAAGUUGAGGGCGUCAGUGGCGUUUAUGACGCGCAAACCCGGCCACUUCACCCUGCCGGUCGUCCCGGCUCCAGGGCCGGUGUUCCUAAACUCGGCGUAGAAGAGCGUGCUGAGGGCGAAGUCGCCGUCCCACGGCAGCCACCCCGCCGGGUUGAUCAGCUGGUCCAAGAACGACUGCAUGACGAUGGUGCGAGAGUAGAGCUUCCACGGCCUGCCAAGGUAGGUCUUGGCGUUGCUUCCACUCUUCGCCAAAUCCGGGGCGGCCAGGAUCCUGCAUCCCUGAAUGGAGGUCCCGGUGUUCUGAUUCGGGUCCGUCCUGCCCUGGGCGGUGACCAUGUUUUUCUGGCCCGUCAACGGCAGUCUGGCGUAGAGGUUGCAGGCCUGGAAAACCACGGCAGCGUUGCCGAAGAUGAAGUCCACCGUGCCGUAGAUGUCGCACUGGCGGUAGAACUGGCGGAGGGAGUGGGUGUAGAGGGUAUCCUGGUACCCCUCAAAGCUGCACCUGUGGAACGUCGACUGGUCCGCCCCGUUACGGACCGCCACCGCCUGAUGCUUGGCCGCCCCCGCCGUGUUCCUGAAGGUGAUGUUUAUGGCCACGAACCCUUGGCCAAGCACCGCUGCCAGGAUUUUCGGAUGUUUUAUAUAGCUCAUAAAUCAAAACAAGAACCAACAACAGAUUUUGUUUUUUAA